CGCUGAUGACGCAGGGAGGAGGCGGAAGUCAGCUGUGGUUAUAGCCGAGCUACAGGGCAGAAGAGGACCGGGAGCUGCGACUAAAACCAGCACCUGACAUGUUUGCUCCCGGCGGGUCCGGUGGUUCUUCUAUGCCGAGGAGACGAGGUCACGGGGCUCACUCUUUGCCCAAGCAACCAGAAAGAAGCCUGGCAUCAGCCCUGCCCGGUGCGUUGUCCAUCACAGCCCUGUGCACUGCUCUAGCAGAACCUGCCUGGCUACAUAUCCAUGGGGGAACGUGCAAACGCCAGGAGCUGGGGGUGGCAGAUGUCCUGGGAACGGAGGAUCCGGAGCUGCUGACAAAGUUCUGUAUGAACCACCAGACGAUCCUCCUCCUCCGAGUCAUCGCGGGCUUCUGCUUCCUGGGUAUCGCCUGCAGUAUGACCGCCUUCCUGCUCGAUGUCUUCGGCCCCAAACAUCCUGCUCUCAAAAUCACAAGGCGCUACGCCUUUGCCCACAUACUCACAGUUCUGCAAUGUGCUACGGUUAUUGGUUUCUGCUACUGGGCCUCGGAGCUCAUACUCGCACUCCAGCAGCAGCACAAACAGUAUCACGGCUCCCAAGUCUACGUCACCUUCGCUGUUAGUUUCUACUUGGUGGCCGGGGCAGGGGGAGCAUCCAUCCUCGCCACCGCUGCCAACCUCCUACGCCAUUAUCCUUCUGAAGAAGAGGAGCAGGCCCUGGAGUUGCUGUCAGAGAUGGAAGCUGACUCUUACCCUUCCGAGUAUGACGUCAUGAAUCCUUUCCAACCCCCGCCCGCUUACACACCAUAGCCAGGCCCCUAGGGAGAGGGCAGCAUCAACCCUAAGACUGUCUCCCUACAACAGACGGAGAACCUGCUCCUUGCAUCAAGAGAAGGACAUGUUGGCCAAACUGGUAUAUGGGUAUGGAUACGGGCUCUUCCGCACCCUCCUGCAGCUUGGUCUUCCACACAGACUUCACAUCUGCUGUUUGUUAUAUUUUUGUGAUUGUUCACAACCUCCAGAUUGCUUUCCCUGUCUAUAACCGCUUCACCCCCAUGUCUGCCCUGAUACAGACUCUCCCAGGUUGACUUUGACAGAUAUGGCGGCUGCACGGUGCCACUGGCACACACAUGGGUAUGCUGCAGUGCUUACAGUCCUGAGCUAUAGAUUUCCCAUAAACGUUUGAGGAUAAUAAAGGCUAACUCAGUUCAAAUCCGGGCAAGCUUAGACUAGAGGUAAUCCUAGUAUUCACCUCGUGCCGCUCUCGAAAUGGUCUGGGAAGCUGAGAUAUGUGGAGCUGUUUGAAAGGUUUUUACAAAACCGCAUGGACUUGUAUGCAGCUGUUUUAUAUACUUCCCAUUUAUUUCAGUGGGAGAUUCAGAACGGAAUCUGAACCCAGAUAGGGCAUGUCGGGUUAAAAAAGUGCUGCUUCCCAUUGAAAUAAAUGGGAGGCGGUUUUUUUGGAGCUGAUUUUGAGGCAGGAAUGUUAAAAAAAAAAAAAAAACUCAGAAUUAUCUUGUUUUCUAAGCUGAUUUUGGAGGCAGAUUUUCGUAUUACAAGCCAUUUUCUGAGCUGAUUUUGACGCCGAUGACUGUUUAUUUCUUCUUCCCUUUGAUUGAAUAGGAUGUACAAUGCUGAUUCUGCCCAAAGAUUAAGCAAGACCCAUUUUUUUUAGUUUUUAGGCAGAAAAAACGUCAAACUCGGCGCCAAGAAACUAAGUAUGGACGGCCCUAAGAGUGUCUGCUUGAGAAAAACCAUCACUGGAUGACCAGUUAUGGUCUGAUCUCCAUCCUAUCAGCCCCAUGCAUGAGUGUGGCUGUGCAUGGUACUGCAGUGUACCCCUAGGGUACCUCACCCAACAGCUCCAGGUAUCCCAUCUUACCGCAAUCACCCCUGAAUUUUCAGGUUUUGGAUUGACUUUGCCUUUAUCAUGCAUGAAGCUAGCGCUUUGGGACUUGUUAGCGGUUGAGGAAGCAGCAGCCUAAAUGGGGUCUGAUAUUCCAUUACAGUUCUGGGGUAAGAAGAGGACGAAUGGUUCUAGGACGCGACCAAACUGUUCGGCCGACUUUGGAGUGUGUUUAUAAGGAACUGUGGGCCUCCUUUAUCAGGAGUGUGUAAAAGGAAAAUGCCCCUCGUUGCCCUUGGCAACCAAUCACAGCUCAACUUUCAAUCCUUAAACUGCUGUGGUAAAAUGAAAGCUGUGUCGUGAUUGGUUGCUAUGGGCAAGAAAGGAAGUUUUUCUUAUAGGCAGCCAUGAUAAAUCUGUCCCUUUGUUUUAUUAUUUUGGGUCCUCCGCCAUGACAUAAUGUGCGCCUGGCCCUGCAAUACACGUGCAGGCAGCCAUUUUGUGGUCUCUGUUAAGUACACUUCUCUAUGAUUUACAACUUUGUGAGGAUUGGCUGUAAUCAUAGGACUCCACCCACAAAAUGGCUGCUUCCUAUGUGAGUGGCAUGCACAAUGUAAUUCAUGGGUGAUAUUUAUAUACCUUUGGUGUAUAUAGUCUUUUAAUGGAGUCUAAUUAUAUAUAUAUAUAUAUGUUCUUCUGUUUUUUCAGGGGCACACUAGGCAUUUACCAGGCAGGCACUUGGCAAAAAAAAAAAAAAUUAUGAAAAAAUAUUAUUUAAUCACGUACCCCCGGCGUUCUAGAGAAUUUAAUAUUUAAACAGUACAAAAUGGAAAUCCUUUCCAUUGCUUCCCUACAGCCGAUAUGUUGGCAAAUACAUGUUUUAUGAAAAAGUGGGCAUUUAAAAAAAAUCUACCAUUGCUUUUUCUUAUUGCCUGUGUCAUUUUACACAUAUCUGGUGUCCUUGGAGUUAAAGAACAUUUCCACCUAAAGUCAGAAAAUCGCCAAUAAAUGGAAGUCCUGGAGAUGUAA